GUGAGGCACGUAUAACAUCAUGUGUUUCCUGUAGCGACUAGGUAUGAAAAUGUGUGUAAACACCAACUGUAGUUGCAUCAGAAAAAACAAUAACACUAUUUAAUAUACGAUAUUAUAUAUAACCGCUUAAAAUGCUCCUGUUUUGUCCAACGUGUGGGAAUGUGUUAAUCGUGGAAGAGGGACAGAGAUGCUUCAGAUUCGCGUGUAACACAUGUCCAUAUGUGCACAACAUCACGAGGAAGGUAAAUAACAGAAAGUACCCCAAGCUGAAGGAGGUUGAUGAUGUGCUUGGGGGCUCUGCUGCUUGGGAAAAUGUUGAUUCCACUCCAGAACCUUGUCCAAAAUGUGAACACCCAAGGGCCUACUUUAUGCAGAUUCAAACUAGAUCUGCUGAUGAACCAAUGACAACCUUCUACAAGUGCUGCAAUCCACAAUGUGGGCAUCGUUGGAGAGACUAAAUCAGAGACCUCAGAUUUGGAUUUACUUUGAGGCUCAAAAUAUGUGCUUAUAAUCGAAUAUUCAAUUUCAUAUAGAAGAUUUUAUAUUUAUUUGGAUUAAAAACCACAGACACCCUUUAUGCAUCGUUAACUACUUUAUUUUCACUAUUACAGAAUGUGUAUGUGUCAUGAUGACAGUAA